UUGUAUUCGUGGGUGUACAGUUUUUUUCGACUAAGUAAGUUUCAAAUUAAAGUUUUAAUUAACAAUUGCUAAGUUUUAGUAUUUGUUAAGUUGUAUCAUUUGAUAUAAAUUAUAAUGAAACACGAUUCACCGGUGUUAGUGUUAGCAAAAAAAUGCCAUAAGCGAAAUGUUGCUCCGCCAGUCUACGUAUGCGUACCCAGUAUUUUAUAUACUUAUUCCGUCAAAGUUAAAGAAAUGAAGGCUUGCGGAAGAGGACCAACUAUAGGAAAAGCUAAAAACAUGGCAGCGUUGAAUUUAUUAAGAGCUUGGAGUAUUCUUGAUAAAACAAUAACAGAAGAGUUUAUUGCAGAAAUUGAAGAAUAUUUCUGUCCACAACAAGAAGUGGUUCUUCUAAAUCAGUAUUGUGCAACACAUUUUCUCCCAAUGCCAAAACACGACAAUGAAUGUAUAAUGAGUGAUUCCGGUAGUAGCAAAUAUAAAGUAAAUUUGACUAUUGGUGGUAUUACCUGUACAGUAAUCGGAGCCAAUAAGAAAGAAGCUCGCGCAGAAGCUGCUAACAAAUUUUUAACUUCGUUGAGUGAUUCCAACAUGCUCCGAUGUUUGAUUAAAUGCAAGGACCUCCGUGAAAAAAAAAGAAUUGCUCAAACAGAAAUGGAAAAGCAGCGUUGAAAUGCAUUAAAUCCGUACAAAAAGACAAUAAAGCUUUA